AUGCAGGCCACUGGUUCCCGAUGUCCCGCCACAGCGGCCCAAAUCCAGCCACAACGAGAUGAUGGAGGCCGCUAUAGUGGGAUAAAGGCCGCCAGAGCGGCCUUUAUCUGGGACGAACACCAGGUCAAAUGUGAGCACCAACUGCCCGAAGGUAUAUCUCAGAGGAUGUUUAUUCCUACUUGGAAGUGGGAACGAAUAACUAUGGAUUUCAUUGUAGGUUUACCUACCACAGUGGGUGGUUAUGACUCCAUUUGGGUUACUGUUGACAGGCUGACCAAAUCUUCCCAUUUUAUCCCAGUUCGUAUGAAGUAUAUGGAGGAGAAGUUAGCCGAGCUUUAUAUCAAUCAAUUAUGCAACUACAUUAGGUCUCAGUUUCUAUUUUCUCUAAUUGAGUAUGUGUCAAAUGAGUCUCGUGUGCUUUCUCUUGAUUCAAUUGUGUUAGGUCCUGACUUUUCUUUUGAGGAGGAGCCUAUAUCUAUCAUGGAUAGGCAGCUUUACAUCAUUUACUUGGGACACAAGCCACAUGAUGAUCAUGAACUUAUCACUGAUUCACAUCAUGACAUAUUAGGUCAAGUGAUUGGGAGUAAAGAAGAAGGCAAAAAAAAUAUGGUAUAUAGCUAUAGACAUGGCUUCUCUGGAUUUGCUGCUAAAUUGACUGAUUCUCAAGCUAAACAAAUUAGAGAAUUACCUGGUGUGAUUCGAGUUGUACAAAAUCAAAUUUACAAGACUCAUACAACAAGAAGUUGGGAUUUUUUGGGUCUUCCUAAAAGUGAUCCCAACAAUCUUCUCAACAAAACAAAUCAGGGUGAUGGAAUAAUCAUUGGCGUUGUGGAUACAGGUAUAUGGGGAGACUUAGAAGGUUUUAACGAUAAAGAGCUAGGUCCAAUUCCGUCUCGAUGGAAAGGUAGUUGCAAAUCAGAAGCAAAUUUCAAUGCCACAAAACAUUGUAACAAAAAAAUUAUUGGAGCUCGUUGGUACAUAAAAGGAUUGAUGGAAGAAUAUAAACUAAACCAAACAAUGGUGGAAAAAUCAUAUAAUUUAUCACCAUUAGAUGAAGAUGGACAUGGUACACAUGUUGCCUAUACAGCUGCUGGUUCUUAUGUUAAUAAUAUUCAAUACUAUGGUCUUAACAUGGGAACAUCAAGAGGAGGAGCACCACUUGCAAGAUUAGCAAUUUAUAAGGUAUGUUGGAUUAAUAAGGUAGAUGGAGAAACUUAUUUAGUUGGUGCUGAUGCCCUUGCUGCUAUUGAUGAUGCUAUAAAAGAUGGAGUUGACAUAAUAUCAGCAUCUAUUGGUUUAAAUGGUCGUGUAUUUAGUGAAGUUGAUUUUGAAAGUCUUUUAGGGAUAGGAUCUUUUCAUGCAGUAUCACAUGGCAUACCUUUUGUUGCUGCUGGUGGAAAUACUGGACCUGAACCAAACACUAUUGGUAAUGUUUCUCCAUGGAUAAUAACUGUUGCUGCUAGCAAUGAAGAUAGAGAUAUUGUUACUCCUUUAACACUUGGAAACAACAACACAAUACUAGCUCAAGAAAUUUUUCAAGGGAAGAAUCAAGCCUUUGCUCCUUUGUUGGUAGCUAGAGAUGUAACAAAUAAAGAAGAGCUUAAAUCUAUUGUUAAAGAGGUGAAAGGAAAAGUUGUAAUGCUUUUCUUAGAAGACAAAAAAGAUGUAUUGUUUUAUUUGACAACUCUAAAUAAUACUGGGGUCUUGGCUUUAAUUUGUAACCAAGAUCCUAUGAUUAAAUUGGGUCAAACUAGGGUUGUUGAGGGCAAUGAGGUAUUCCUAAAGGUGGCUAAGUUCUCAUCAAGAGGUCCAAAUUCCUUUGCUCCAGACAUUUUGAAGCCUGAUGUUGCUGCUCCUGGAGUUGGUAUACUAGCAGCAGCUCCUCCUAACAAGGGAAACAAUGGGUUCCAACUCAUGUCAGGAACAUCCAUGGCAGCUCCUCAUGUCUCAGGAAUUGUUGCACUUCUUAAAGUGGCACAUCCUGAUUGGUCUCCUGCAGCUAUUAAAUCUGCACUUGUGACUACAGCAUGGAACGAGGAUACAUAUACAUAUGAAAUAUAUUCAGAAGGAACAAACAAUCUUGCUAAUCCAUUUGAUUUUGGAGGUGGCAUUAGUAAUCCAAAUGGAGCAAUGGAUCCUGGCUUAAUAUAUGAUAUGGAUAAAAAUGAUUAUUUGAAUUAUCUUUGCACCUUGGGUUAUAAAAAUGAUAUGGUUCAAAAUGCAACUUCAUAUUUUUUCGAUACGAAAAAUUCGACUAUAUGUCCUAAUGAAGUACCUUCUAGGUUGGAUUUGAAUCUUCCUUCAAUAUCGAUUCCAAAUCUUAAGAAUUCGAUUAUUGUUAGGAGAACUGUUACAAAUGUUGGAGAAGUCAACUCGAUAUAUAAGUUGGUGGUUAAACCUCCAAAAAAUACUGCGAUUAAAGUAAAUCCAAAUGUGUUGAAGUUCAAUUCCAACACAAAGAAGAUUUCCUUUGAGGUUGAAAUAAUAUCAACUUAUCAAAGAAAGAGUAAUUUUAAUUUUGGAAGUUUGGCAUGGAGUGAUGGCAAGCAUUUUGUUAGAAUUCCUAUUGCUGUGAGAAAAUAA